AUGGCUACCACAACAGCAGCAUCCCCUCCUCCGUCGUCGGAAGCUCCAGCACUCCAGGUGAAUGGCAGCACGCCCACGACCACCAGCGUCAGCGGCGAGAAGCGUGCAGAGCUGCGUAUGACCAUGCUGAAGAAGCUACGGCCCUACCCGCUACGACACGAGUGGGUCUUCUGGCACGACAGACACACGGCAAACCCUAACCCGACAGAGCAGGACUGGGAAGACCAACUGAAGGAGAUCGCGCAGAUCAGCACCGUGCAGAGCUUCUGGCAGGUGUAUAACAACACGCCGUUCUCGACGCUGCCGCUGCGCGACUCGCUGCACCUUUUCAAGAAGAAUGUGAAGCCCAUCUGGGAGGACCCACGAAAUAUGACGGGCGGAGCGUGGACCUUCCGUGUGCCAAAGGCGAACUCGCAGGAGUUCUGGAAGGAGGUACUUAUGAUGGCCAUUGGUGAGAUAUUGCAAGAGGUUGUGGAGCGUGGUGACGAUAUCUGUGGUGUGUCGAUCAGUGUUCGUUUCAACUCGCAUCUGAUCAUGAUUUGGAAUCGUGACGGGAGCAACCAGAAGAGUAUUGAUGCAAUCUUGGCAAGGGCUCUGGAAUCACUGCCCGAGGAUCUGAAGCCAGCGCAGCAAAACUACUACUACAAGAAGCACUCGGCGCACAAGUCGUUCAAGAGCGGUGAGGAGGGCGCAAAGGCGGAAACCGAGGCUUCAUAG